AUGAUACAUUUUGUAUAUUCAUAGAUUGUGUGUUUCGUUAUGAUUUGUAAUAAAAGAGGUGUCUGAACCAGUAUAGUAUCUGCACGGUGUAUUUCACCUCUCGUGUCAUGGAGGCUGAUGAGGAACUGGUAUCAUCUGGGUCUAACACAGACUUGUAUCAGCAAGAUAACCUGUUGUCUCGAUCAGAGUCGCUUAAAGGUCACAGCAGCACGGUGCCUGACUCUGCCGGCAGUACCAUCUCUAACACGCCUCUGAACCCCUGGCCGGAUGCAGGGCUUCCUUCUCAGCUCGGCAGUGAAUGUGCAACUUCUGCCGGCAUGCCGAUGCACGAGGAUGAGCCACAGUCACUUGCGAGCAAUGCAGAUGCGGUUGAACCCGACAGUCAGUCUCAGAGUUUCUAUGAGCAGAAGUCUGUGGAGAAGGAUAUGGUUGUGUCGACGUCUGAUCCAGUGCAACCUUAUAGCAAUGGGACCGUUGGAGAUUGCCCAGUGCCAUCUAUACCUGGAAGUCGCAGUGAGGGCGAAUAUAUGAGGGGGAUCCUAGAAACAGGUGCAAGUAAACAAACAGCAGUACCAGACACGAGUGUAGAUGGCGAUGCAGAUGACAGUCGGAUGUCUUUCUUCACGCCCGACGAGCGACCAAGUUUCUGCGACAACAGUGUGACACCCAGACGCAAUGCGAGUGAAGCCAAUGAUGAGAACACGAGUGCCAUUAGCCGAUGCAUCAGUAGCUCAGACUUAAUGGCAGACAACGUGUUUCCAACCACAACAGGUGACGGCACCGAGUUGGCGGGUUUAGCUUCCAACUGCCCCUCGGUUGAACCCGGAAAUCUCAAGGCGAAUGUCGAUGCUAUCCUACGGGAGGCAGCUAGCGGAAGCAUGGACCAGGUAGCUGUGGCGGCCCCUGAUGGCAACUACACGGAAAAUGACGCUUGUGUCGGUGAGGGUGCUCUCAACGUCGACUUCAGCGAAGAGAUGGACUUUGAGAAUGCGACCGAGACGGCGCUUGAAGACCUGCAGGGAUUCCUAGACUAUGUGCCCGGCGGUGAGACGGCAGACGCGGAUGCGGGAGGCAGCGCAGUCGUCACGGGAACGCUCGACGUGGCAUCCGAGGUGCUAGAUGACAAUACAACUGCUGCGCAACAGCGAGCGCUCGCGGAGUCCAUCCCGUGGGAAGGUGAAGCGAAGCCAAGCACAAGUGCAGCACAUAAGCCAGUGAAGAAGCCACGGAAGAAGUUGACCACAAAAAAUGCGGGAGGCAAAAAGGAGAAGGACAAAGAGAAGCAUGAGGGUGGAGAUGAUACGGACAGUAAGCCAAAGAAGAAAAGAAAAAGAAAGCGUAAAGGAGAAGGCAAAGGUGGGGAAGAGAAGAAAACCAAGCUCCAUGUGACCAAGGAACGAAAGAAUGUACAUGAAAGGAAAAAUAUUAGGAAACUUCUAGAUGAAUCAAAGCUGGAGCAUGCUACCAUGGCAGCACAGCAAGAAGAGAUGGACAGAAAACGCCGCCUGGCAGAAGUUCAGAAGAGCCUACACGCUGCGCAGGAGCAACAGCAGCAGCAGUUGCUAUGGUUACCGUUAGAGGAUGGCACUAUGGACAAUCAGCUGGAGGAGGAGAGUGACAAGGAGACGGUUCAAGAGACAGAGGCCUCACAACAGGAAGAAGAGAAUAAGGAUCUACCAGUAGAAGAUUCUGAGAGCAUGCCCUUAGACAAGCAGCCACAAAAUGAACUGCAAGUGCCAGAUGCACCUGCCAUUAAGCCACGUAAAGAACUUCCAGCGAAACCCGUCGUUACGAUGGCGAAGCAUGACGAUGUUGUAUGCCUGAGUAGUGACAGUGAAGAGGACAGCUUCCCCUCAAACUGGCGCACGGCACUUGCACAGGACAUGGAGGAAGCAGCGGAACCAGAGGAGAAGGAUAACGAGUUGAUUGAGUUGACUAGCUCAGACGAUGAGGAGAAGAAGAAGGAGAGAAAAAAAGAGGUUGUGAAGACUGAAGAUGAAGAUAGUGAUGUUGUGCUCAUCACUAGUGAUAAUAGUGACCAGGCAGAUGAGGACGAUGUUGCCAAUAGCGGCUCGCACGUCAACGAUGCUUCCAACCAGCCGGACAGCCAGGGCCGCGUACUGGUCAAUGUCGGUCAUCCCCCGGACGAACCUGACAUCUUCCUCGCACCGCAGCUGAACAAAGCUGUCAAACCUCACCAGAUUGGAGGAAUUCGCUUCUUGUAUGACAACCUAGUUGAGUCCCUCACUCGCUGUAAGACAAGCAAUGGGUUCGGAUGUAUCUUGGCACAUAGCAUGGGCCUAGGCAAAACUCUACAGUUGAUAUCCUUCACGGACGUGUUUCUGCGGCAUACCGACUGUCGUAAUGUCAUCGCCAUAGUUCCUGUCAACACCCUACUGAAUUGGGUCGCUGAAUUCGACCUAUGGCUGCCAACCACAUCGAACUCACCUCCCGAGGAAGUGCUCACGCGACAGUUUGAGGUGUUCAUCCUUAAUGACAGUUGCAAGACGAUGGCCUCCCGUGCACGCGUCGUCAACAAGUGGCACAGCGAAGGAGGGGUGCUCAUUAUGGGCUACGAGAUGUAUCGUCUGCUAGUGUCAAACAAGUUCAAGCGCAGCAGCAAGAGCAAGCGUGCACGUGCACGAGCCGUGGCAGCGGACUGUAAGCAGGAUGCACUUAUCAUUGAUAUCGAAGAGGAGGAGCUGAACAAGCAGUACAUGCAAGAUGUUGAGAAAGCACUGAUCAGACCUGGCCCAGAUCUUGUUAUUUGUGACGAAGGACAUCGAAUUAAAAACUGCUCUGCCAGCAUUUCAAACACACUGAAGAAUAUACGCACCAAACGCAGGGUGGUACUCACUGGCUACCCUCUACAGAACAACCUGAUUGAGUACUACUGCAUGGUCGACUUUAUUCGGCCAAACUUUCUCGGCACAAAAGCGGAGUUCAUGAACAUGUUUGAGCGACCAAUCAGCAACGGGCAUUGCACCGACAGCAUGCCGGUGGACAAGAGGCUAAUGCGGUUCCGUUCUCACGUUCUUCACAGCCUCCUCGAGGGUUUCGUGCAGAGACGAGGCCACACUGUUCUGCAGUCUUGCCUCCCACCGAAGGAGGAGCACGUAUUACUGGUGCCUUUGUCACCUGUGCAGAAGAGGCUGUACCGCGCCUUCAUGGUGGUUUGCACUUCUGGCAUGAGCAGCUGGGCACGCUGUAACCCUAUCAAGGCUUUCUCGGUCUGCUGUAAGAUCUGGAACCAUCCUGACAUUCUCUACGACACGGUGAGGAAGAAGAACCGGAAGGUCGACGACCUUGACCUUGACCUGCCUGAGCUCGCCGUUGACGGCGUGGAGAGCGCUGCAGGAGGAUCCGGGAAGGCUACGACCCCUAAGCGGAGAGGGAGACCUCCCAAAGCUGGGUCCAAAGCAUCACCAAUCUCACGGCCUGUUGUGGCUGAUAAUGGCAAUUCCAACAUGAGCAGUAUGGUGUCAGAGGAUUCUGACAGUAACUUCCCGACCAGUGUGAGCUGUGGUGUAAGUGGCACCACUAGUGUACCGGCCUCGGCUGAGCCGAAACAGACACUGGAUGCAGGACCCUCCCUGUUUAACGACAAGGUCGAUAAAAUGAUUGAUUACGAGUGGGCAGAUGAUUUGGUAAAGGAUUACCAGCCAGGACUGUUAGAGAAUGGAGGCAAGUUUGUACUCACGCUGUGCUUGCUUGAAGAGUCGAUACACUUACAGGACAAAGUACUUCUCUUUAGUCAAAGCCUGAGUACACUGGAUCUUAUUGAAAAGUUCUUGGGUCGACACUAUGUGCCCCUUCCGGCCGAUGCUGACCCGCAGCAACCACGAGUAAAGUGGUCCAAAAACCAACACUACUAUCGGCUGGACGGUUCCACUUCGUCUAGUGAUAGGGAGCGAUUGAUCACACAGUUCAACGAAUCCAAAGACAUUCACUUGUUCCUGCUGUCAACAAGGGCCGGCUGCCUCGGCGUGAACCUGAUAGGUGCGAACCGUGUGAUCGUAUUCGACGCGUCAUGGAACCCGUGCCACGACGCGCAGGCCGUCUGCCGCGUUUAUCGCUACGGGCAACGGAAGGCCUGCCACGUGUACCGGCUUGUCGCUGACAACACUCUCGAGAAGAAGAUCUAUGAUCGGCAGAUCACCAAGCAGGGCAUGUCAGAUCGUGUCGUUGAUGAACUGCAGCCGGAGCUGACGUUCUCAAAGAAGGAGGUCGAGUCGCUGCUGACCUAUCAGGAGGCGGACAGCCCGAUGGUGGACGUGAGCAUGUGCGCGGACAAGUACACCGACAAUAUACUCCAGCAUAUCUGCAGCACCUACAGCCACUGGCUCACAAAGGAACCGUUUCAACAUGAAGCGCUGCUGCUGGACAGGAAGGAUCGCCGGCUGACGAGGGGAGAGAAGAAGCUAGCACGGCAGAGCUAUGAGAUGGAGAAAAAGGCUGGUGUGUCGUACUCACGGCGAGGAGAUUUCAGGAGCAACAUCGGAGGUUUUGAUCGGCCCGUGGCACCAGUGAGACCCAUGCAGUCACUUGUGGCGCCAUCUGGUGAACGCAUGGUGCCGCUGCACUCUGCACCUAUCCCUAUGCAGCCGCAGCAUGUCAGAGUGCCGGCGUCCACCAUUUCGGACGUGGCCGGUGCACUGAGGCUGCCCACGGCCGGAGUUCAGGUGGCCCAAGUGGUGACCACGAAACCCAUCCCGAUCCCACUGCAGCAGACGAGCACGCAGACGACCGCCCAUACCAGCGCCAUGUCGAUGAUUCCCACCGGACAGAAAAUCAUGAUCAUCCGCACGCCGCGCGGCAUCUACAUUCGCACGGCCGACGGCAAGAUGUUCUCCGUGAAGCCGCGGCAGCAGGCCUCGGCCGGGGGUGGCAGCGAGAUUGAGCGCGCGCUGGGCAGCCUCGGUCUUCCCCAGGGCCGCGCGUCGGACCUGCCCGACCUGCUGCCGACGGUUGAGAGCCUGACGGGAGCCGGCAGGUCGAACACGCUCACCGAGGUCGUGUCGCGUUCCUACCAGGUCACGGGGCUGAGUGCCCGGCCAGCGCCGCGCAUUGUCGCGCGCGCCGCGCCGUCCCGCACCGUCGCAGCCGGGGUGCGUAGCGCCGCGCUCGGCGCCCCGUCGUCAGCGCGCGGCGCCCCGUCGUCAGCGCGCGGCGCCCCGUCGUCAGCGCGCGGCGUCGCGUUCGCCUCCGCCGUGCGGCGCAGCGUCUCCCAGGGUAACCCGCUGUCGUCCCUCUCCUCGAUCGUUGAUGGGCUCCCGCGUCGGAAGAGCUCCUCCGAUCCCGCGCUUGAUCGGGACGACGCCGUCACUCCUGACGACGCGGGAGCCAAGGACGGUGAGCCGCCGGCGACGCAGGGCAGCGAGUCGUCACCGAUGGAGGACGUGAGCGAGCCGGCCGACGAGACGGCGCGCAGCAGGGAAGGCACGCUGUCGCGACACGACAGUCUCGCGUCAAUGCAGAGCACCGACAGUGCCGUUCUCACUCGCAGAACGGAGCAUUUGAAUCUGUCGCAAGGGGUGGGCGAUGCUGAAGAAGAAGCUGACGACAUCAUCGAUUCACAGCAGCAUCCCUCAACUUUGCCACACGGUGACGAUGAUGACGAGAUGGCUUCUAGAUCGCCUAGCAAUGGUGAAUCUUUGCUGCAGCGUACCUCCUUGCACAGCGAUGACACAAUUCCUACAUCUCUGCAGUCUAACGUUGGAAUGUCUUCACUGCAGAAACCAUCUCUGCUGUCUAAAGUUAGAAUGUCAUCAAUGCAGAAACCAUCUCUGCAGCCUAAUAUUAGAGUGUUUGCAGUGAAGAAAUCCUCAUCUCUGAAGCCUAAUGUUAGAAUGAUUUCACUGCAGAAAUCCCCAUCUCUGCAUGCCACUGUUGGAAUGCCUUCCCUGCAGAAACCUUCGUCCCUGAAGCCUAAUGUCAGUGUGUCUUUACUCCAAAAACCUGUGAAACCUACUAUUAGCAUGUCUUCACUACAGAAUGUUUCAUCCGUGAAACCAUGUGUUAGUAAUUCUUCAACGCAAAAUCCUUCAGCUGUGAAGCCUAGUGUCAGCAUUUCUUCAAUGCAGCAUCCUUCAUCCCUGCAAUCUAACGAUGGCAUUGCUUCACUCAUGGAACAUUCACUCAAUCACAUGGAACAUUCUUCAGUGCGCUCUGCUGAGCGAAUAACCGGCCGACAACAUCCCACACUCAUGAAACCUAACGACAGUGUGGUUUCUGUAGAGCGUAAUGAGGGUGUGACCUCUCUACAUGAGGGAGUGACCUCUCUACAGCGUAAUGAGGGCGUGGCCUCUCUACAGCAUGAGGGCAUGGUCUCUCUACAGCAUGAGGGUGUGGCCACUCUACAGCAUGAGGGUGUGACCUCUCUACAGCGCAAUGAGGGCGUGGCCUCUCUACAGCGUAAUGAGGGCGUGGCAUCUCUACAGCAGAAUGAGGGCGUGGCCUCUCUACAGCAUAAUGAGGGUGUGGCCUCUCUACAGCGUAAUGAGGGUGUUGAUUCUCUACAGAAAUUUGACCAGUUCAUCUAG